AUGUGGUUUUCUCUGGAGCAAGGAAGCCGCAUAUUGAAACACCAUACAUCCUUCCAAUACCGCAGAAUGACAGCCACACCAGGUUCUCCAAAGCAUCUAGUAUCUAUAAAAGACCUGGCCGACCAUGAGUUCGCGGAAUUGGUGUCCAGAGCAGAAUAUUUCAAAGGGCUUUUCAAGGCGCAAGAUAAGGCUGAAUGCCAAAAGUCCCACCAGGAACUGAUGGGGAAGACGAUCGCAUUGAUAUUCUCGAAAAGAUCUACCAGAACCCGCAUAUCCACGGAGGGUGCGGCGGCGUUUUUUGGCGCGCAACCCAUGUUUCUGGGUAAGGAUGACAUCCAGUUGGGCGUGAACGAGUCUCUUUACGACACGAUAAAAGUGAUCUCGUCGAUGGUAGCAUGCAUUUUUGCUCGAGUGGGCAAGCAUUCGGAAAUACAGGAGUUUGUAAAGCACUCGAAGGUGCCGGUAAUCAAUUCGCUAUGUGACAAGUUUCAUCCGCUACAGGCCAUCUGUGAUAUGCUAACGAUCAAAGAACACUUCAACUAUCAAGAAAAGAAGCUGAAAUUGGCCUGGAUUGGGGAUGCUAACAACGUCAUCAACGAUAUGGCAAUUGCUGCUUUGAAGCUGGGUAUCGAUGUCGUCGUCGCGACUCCACAGGGCAUCGAGCUGGACGCAGAUAUAGUGGACGCUGCGAAGGAGGUCUGCAAGCGGACCGGCACAACUAUACAACUAACUCACGACUCCGUUGCGGCUGCUAAGGACGCCCACGUACUGGUUACAGAUACCUUUGUAUCCAUGGGGGAAGAAUACAUGUAUGAGGCCAAAAUGCGCCAAUUCAAGGGGUUCCAGAUUAAUGCUGAGCUCUGUAAGCAUGCUGCUCCUGAUUAUAAGUUCAUGCACUGUCUUCCAAGACAUCAGGAGGAAGUGACUGAUGAUAUCUUCUAUGGAGAUCAUUCUAUUGUAUUCCAGGAAGCGGAGAACAGGCUAUAUGCUGCUAUGGCAGCGAUAGAUAUUUUUGUAAAUAAAAAUGGAGACUUCAGUGGUCUAAACUAG